UUGAGACGAACCAGAGGGGUUUCGUGGCAGAAUCGAAUAAACGCAUCGCAAGCACACUGGGCAGCAUUAAUUCCCAGUCUUUCUGACGCUUACCUCAUGUACAAGACAAGUAAUCCUCGAUGCGUGCCACUCCAUCACCCUGAACCUCCAGAAAACUUGAAUUCCACUCAUAUUUAUGUCAUCGACAUUUUUGAUGGUCGAUCGUAUGAGUAUAUACCUCAGGACCCGGACGAAACCUCGCCUACCAUCGCCCUGCUUCGUUCAGGCUACAUUCCACCCACUCCUGUUAAUCCGACUGUUGCAAUAUCAAUACGUUCUCUUGAGCUCCUUCAUGGCCUUAUGCGUUCCUCGUCGAACUUCAGUGUCCAGUCUUUUGCUCGGUUGUUGGCAGAUUUGCAUUGCGUCAUAUAUCAACCAUACCUUCGAACGCAGGUGGCAUUGGCUUUCGAUGCAUACUAUUCCAUCAUUAGGAGAGUGAACGCCUUCGUAAAACAUGUCAUGGGACAUGACAAACCGGAUUAUCGCCUCAAGAACUCAUGCCCUGCCUGUCAUUACCAGCUUCAUGAUGAACCAGAGCAUUCAGUUGAAUUCAUCGUCACUGGCGAUGGAAAUACUUCUCUAUCGCGCCUUCCACAUCGAUACGAAUCUGACAAUCGAAUUUUUUACAGUGACUACUAUCUACCUCGAUCAGAGGUAGAUGUGUUUGAAAACACAAAGAAACAAAACUCAACGACAGGAACAAACGAUCCACUCCCAGAGUCUUGUGCCGGAUGGAAGAAUUCUCGGCCAAUGCCUCAAACAACGAAGGCUGGAUCCCUGGGUGUUAUGGACGAAACUGGUGUCUUCUUGGUUAUUUGCCAGCAUGGCAUCGUUCAAUUCGUCAUGGAUAUGGUCAGGAGCGGGGAAUUGGCCAAGUACCCAGUUGCAGCUGCAAACAAACUAGUCAGCACAUUUGGGAGAAAUAUCCUCUUUGCUUAUGACGUCGGGUGCACCUUCUCGGUCACACUUGCUCACUCUGCAGUCAGUGAUGCUGCCCGUCGGGCCAAUUUUACAUCCUGCACUGGAUCUUUCCAUGGUGUUGCACAUAGCUUCAAAAAAGGGGCAGGUAUCGAAGAUGGUGAAGGUAACGAGCGAGCAUUCUCUUCUAGUAACGGUCUGGCUGCAGUAACUUGCCAUGCUUCCGCAUAUUACCGGCAUUUCCGAAUCCACCUUCAUUUCGAGAAAUGGGACCAGGAUAAAUAUGAGCGCUUAGGCAACUUCCUAUUAGGGAAUCAUGCAUCUGCGUGGACACAGAUCCGCGAGUCCAUGGAUAUCCUCAAGGUGACUAAAGGUAUACACCCAUCAUUCAACGUCGAUCGCGACUGCCCGCUGUUCCUACAACAAGAGAAGGAGUAUAUUAUGUCGCUGAAAUCUGAGCCGAAGGAUGAACAAGCCAAAAUCGAGUAUCUUGAAGCGUUGGAGCAUUUAGAGGGCGCUGAGAUGGAGCUUCAGCCACUUCUAUCAAGACUAUCUGUGUCACUGACCUCAGAACUGGCCUACCAGGCUCAACGUGCCCGACGCAAAGUGGACGAAGCACGCUGCAUUGUCUCUGCACUGGAAGCGACAUCGUUCUUCACAUUACCAUGGCAUGCUGACUCAUCUCAGCGCCAAGAGGCCAUCCGAUUGCGUAACCAGAGAAAGUAUCAUCGCCUGCUUGAUGACUUGGAACACCGUGUCAUCUCUCGUCAGUUUGAGCUUGAAAAGAUGGGUCUCCCCAAAACUGACUACAAAACUCGUCGACGGAUAUCAGAACUAGUUGGAAAGCGGGGCAAAACGCUCCAUUCUACCCUUGACAAGUACAACAAUGCUGCGACCUCAAUGAUCCCCCCAAAGCCGUCCCUCACUUGGGAUGAUGUCACCCACCCUGAUUUCCUGAGUAUGGUCGAGCUCUUACGAGGCCAUGAUGAUAUUCACUCGCAUGAAUGGGCACAGGAGCACUUCCGUGCAGCAACCCGAGCCUGGGUCAAGCUCCAACGUGCAAAGGAAGAGCUUGUCACUAUUGGAAUCGAAGCUCAUAGGAUACUGACCUCCAUGAGGGACGAGGAAUUGCAGCUCAAGGAGACCAUCGAGGUUGUAACCGCCAGCAACCCCAUUCUUGCAUCGUACAUCUCGAUGACAUUCAAGUGGCGCAUGAAAGCAAACUCCCAUCUACGCAAGAAAUUGGCCCGCCUAGAAUCCCAUCCUAGCUACCUAUCCCCACGUGGACCUGGGGUAUCCAUCCAUUCUGUUCCAGGUGCCUCCGACGCCACUCAACAAUCCAGCAGUGUCGAACCUGACUUACUUCCUACGAUGGAGACAGCAGAUAAGCAGCCCCUCGGUGACAAGGACAGUGAUGAUGAUGGUAUUGCUGAGGAAGAGGACGAAGAGCAGUUAGAAUUUACCAUGGAUAAACUAGUUGACUUGUUUCAUAGCAUACUGUAA